AUGCCAAAAAUCGAGGAACUAUCAGUACUUCGAGUGAAUUCGGCUGUGGAAGGAACUGCAGGUAGCACGGUAUGGACGGUAAAAUGGAAUCAUAGUGGAACUCUGCUAGCAAGCUGUGGAGAUGACAAAACAGUGCGAAUAUGGAAGAAAGUUGCGAAUAAACCAUAUCUACAGUGCCGAACAAGCUUAGACGAUAGCCAUACAAGGGCUAUUCGUUGUGUGGAAUUCUCUCAUUGUGGACGUUUUCUUGCAUCCGCCAGUUUCGACGCUUCUGUAGUCAUAUAUAGCAUAGAGAACGGCGAAUUCUCAGAAUGCAACAAAUUGGAAGGCCACGAAAGCGAGGUCAAAUGCUGCGCUUUCUCUCCUUCUGAUGAAUUUCUUGCCACAUGCAGUCGGGAUAAGAGCGUAUGGUUCUGGCAAAUGGACGAAGAUGAUGAUUUCCAAGUAUGCUCUGUGCUCCAACAACACACCCAAGACGUAAAGUUUGUAACAUGGCACCCUAAUGAGGAGCUACUGGUAUCAUGCAGUUACGAUUAUUCCAUUGUGUUCUACAAAUUCGAUGGAGAGGACUGGAUAACUCAACAGAAGAUAACUGAUGCUCACGAAGGUACAGUAUGGUGCGCAGCAUUUGAUAGCGAAGGACAUCGACUGGUCACUGUUGGGGAAGAUUGCGUUGUCCAGUUAUGGAAGCGUGAGUCACCCGCAGAGCUCGCUGUCAACGACAAAUGGAGAUCCGUUGCCAAGUUCCAUAUAGAGGACUCUCGACUACCUUUGUACUCUGUCUCUUGGCAUUUCACCACUGGGCUUAUUGCUGUUGGAGGUGGCGAUGGGUUUAUAAGAAUCUUCCAAAUAGAAGGACACGGUGACGAUGAACAUCUUAUCCAAGUCACCAGUCGAGACGCGGAUGCAAAUGAAAUCAACUGCGUCGCGUGGAGUCCCUCCACUUCUCCCGACGAGCCAUCUGAUAGGUGGUUAUUAGCGUGUUGUUCAGAUGAUGGAACUAUCAGACUGUUUGGUGUCAGCUUGUGAUUGAAUGAUUCGAUUCGUGUAAGUUGUAUCUCAGUUCAUUGCCAUUGCCUCUUAGCAAAUGUGAUCUUGUUGCGAUAGCCACAGUGUUUUCUUACCUUUUUAUAACCAUUACUAGUUGAUUUUAGCAAAUUCAU